AUGAUUUUGAAGAAAUUAGGAAGAUAUUACAUGUUGUAUGUUUAUUGAAAAUACGUUAUUCUUAUAUUGUAUCGUUUAUUGUAAAUACUUUAUUCAGUAAAGUGGGGCCAAGGUAUUUAAUAAUGGCCGAUUUCGAAUAUUCAAAGAUGAAAGAAUGAUAUUAAGAUCAUGUACGUUUUUCAUUUACAAGAUUAAUUCAUAUAACGAAAUAUUUGUUUUGUUGUUUUAAUUGAAAUCUUAUAAUUUUUGUAAGUUUUAAAUUAAGUUCUAAAUUGAAAGUUUUAAAUUAAAUAGCAUAUCGUAUUUUCUUGCAUUUCGUUUUAUUGCUUUUAAAAUAAAAAUAUGUUUUACUUAUAUAAAAUAUGUGUUUUUAUAAAUUUUUUAUUGCGUUAUAUUGUAUUAAAAAUAAAUAAAGAAUAUUUUUGUGUCAAUCCUUGUUAAUAUCUGGAAAUGCAUAUCAAAAUAUGUAUCACUUUUUAACGCAAUAAUUAAUCAGUAAGAGCAAUUCUACGCUUUUAGUAAUUUUGCAGAAGUAGUACAUAUUAUUCAUUCAAGGAAAAUGGUAAUUCAAGGAAAAUGAUAUUAAAUGAUCUAUGAAACACGUGCACCAGCUUUGUAGAUCAAUCUUAAUAAUAAAUUUAGCAAUAUUUUUCGAUUCUACUUGAUACUAGAAUUGUUACACAUAUCUAGAAUUGUUACACAUAUCUAGAAUUGUUACAUAUACUGUAUACAUGUAGUUUGUUGACAGGUUAACGUGUUCAAUUUUCUGCGAUAUUUUGAUAUAAAUCUUAAUAGUGCAUAUCAUAUCGUAUUUUCUUGCAUUUGUUUUAUUAAUCAGAAUAUAUUUAAUAAGGAUUAUUAAUUUAUUGUUAUCAGAUAAUAGUUUUUAGAUAAAUAGUAAAUAUACAGUUUUAUGAUCUAAUGUAUAGAAGAUUUAAAUAUAGAGAAGAUUUAAAUAUAGAAAAUAUAGAAAGUAUAGAAGAUUUAAAUAUAGAAAAUAUAGAAAAUAUAGAAAAUACUGUAAAUCAUAAUAGACAGUAUAGCUGUUAUAAAUAAUAACAUAGAUAAGGGAGGCUGAAGUAAUAAGAAACAGGAGUAAUAAGAUACAUUUCUUUUUUUCCUUUGUUUAUGAAUUUAAAAAAAUUUCAUAAGGCAUUAGUAUUCACUUGAUGUAAAAGUUUUAUUGGUAUCAUUUGCUAAAUAUAAGAAUACCUUACAAGUAUAUCUCUAUUGAAACAUCUAUCUACUAAAAAUUUCACUAAUUAAGUAUUAUUUUUAAUACAUGAAAUUUCCUUUGACAUUGCUAACAUAUUUUGUUAAGAACUUUUUACUUCAAUUUGUAGAACAUUAAAAAAACUUUUAAUUAAGCUUUUCAUUCAUAAAAAGUAAGGGAAAGGAAAACCAUGUUUUUUAUUACUAAAAAGAAAGUUCUUUUAUAGCAAUAAGAAACAUUAUUUUCUAUUCCUUAUUGAUUGAUUUAAAAGUCUUUUACUUUGCAAUACAAUAGACAAGAUAUUUUGCCUGCUUAUUUAUUAAAACAAAAGUUCUAUUUUGAAAAAGAAUAAAUUUACGCUUUUUACACUUCAUAAUUUAAUGUUUAGUGAAGGAUAUUUUGUUUUUGGAAACAAUUUUGCUUGUUUUUUAUGUAUAUAUUAAAAUUGCUAAUUAUUUAUUGGUCCAGUCAUUGUUAUCUAUAUUUGUGAACUAUUAUGUUAAAACGCAAUUAUAUUAUCAAUAUAUCCUGCUUUUCAAGCAGGGUAUUUAAAAAAAUAAAAAAAUAAAAAAUCAUUCACAGCUUUGAGCAAAAUACUCUGCUUGAAAAUAAGAUUUUUUUUACUAACAAAUGUUUUUGAUCUGUUUAAUACUUAUUGUAUUGUCAAAAAACAUUUUUGUAAAUGAACAAUCAAUUAGUUUCGAAAAAGUAAACUUGUAUUUAAAACUUUUUACAUUGAAUUUUGCUAAUUCCAUUUACUUAACUCCACCUCAGAAAGAAGAUAACAACAGAAGUGUUAAAGAAGAUUAGAUAUAGUUCAAUUAUAUAAUUUCUUAUAACUCUUCAAGAAUUUCUACUAGUAAGAAAAGAGUAUUAAAAAGCUUAUUUCUUAUUACCCUCGACGUAGUAUUAGGGUACAUAAUACCGGAGUAAUAGGAAACAAUAUUUAUUUCGUCUAUGAUUUAGUUGAAAUGACGUAUAUAUUUUUUCAUAAAAACAUUUGAAAUGUUCGUCAGGUAAAAACAUUAGAGCUCCAGAACUCAAAAACAUUUGCUGUAUUUUAUACAUAAUUUUGUACAUAAUUUUAUACACAAUCUUGUGUCUUAUUUCUGUUUUUUAUUACACCAUUGAUCCCUACUUGUUUGUGAUUUUUUGUCUUCUUUACGAUUAUUUUCGAACUAUACAGGUGAUCUGUGCCGAAUUCAAUAUUAAAAAUAUAAAUAAUGUAUGAACUGUAUUUAAAAUUAGAAUAUAAAUAAUGUAUAGAAUUAUGAAACGAUGUUAGCUGAAGAAUUUUAAUAUUUAAUAUAGAAAAUAUCUUUCUUUUUAUUGAACGUAUGAUAUAGACAUUGAUAGCAUAAAACAAUCCAUAUAUUAUAUAUACAUUGUAUAAUUUUAAAAAGUAUAUUAGACAUAUUUUCUACUAAUACUCAUUAUUAUUAUAUAUAAUAUAUGCAUAAAUGUAAACAUGUUACACCUAGAUAUAUAUGAGUUUAGAUAUAUUUGUUAUAGAUAUAUAUUUUAAGAGUAAUUGAAUUACAGUCCGCCAUGUGAAUCGACUCAGAAAAUUUGUAAAUUGAUACUUGUCGAUUUAUAUAAUUCAACUGAAUUCAUAUUUCUGGAUGAAAUUCAUUUUUUAGAAAUUGAUCAAAUUAUAUAUGAUAUAUAUGUGAUACACAUAUAUAUAAUUUUUUUAUUAUAUAACACUAUUAACAUAAAAUAUUUAGAAAAAUAAACUUUUGUUUGAAUGUAUAGUAAAUGUUAAAAGAUUGAAAAAAUGUUCGUGAAAGCGAAAAAUAAUUUUGUGCAUUGUAUCUUAUAUUAUCUAAUUGCAAUAACAACAAAUUCUUAAUUUUCUUUUUAUUAUUUUAAUCUUAUUGUCUAAAUGUCAUCAACAAUUUUAAUGUAUGCUAUCAAAUAUUUAUUAUUUUAUGUUUUAAAAAAUUAUUUUAAGUUUACAACCAAUAAAAAUAUUGUACGAAUAAUCUCUGAGAUAAACGACUAG